UAGAGAGAAAGAACCAUUGUUACAACGGAGUCCGAUCAACCGAGCCCAUUUAACUUCCUCGUACUGCAUAUAUGAUCGGGGGCCUGGGGGAAAAAAUGGACAAGCAAGGUGGAGGUAAUGCAGAGGAGAGUCCGCGGAACGAAGUGAAAGUACCGUGGCGAUCAAGGCGAUGCGAGGAGAGGAAAGCCGCUGGGGAAUCGACAACAGACUGCUCCUGGAAUCCACAGUCUUCUUCGCCCGACUCUCCAAUCUCACACAGGAGAAGGACAGACUUCCUCUCUCCCACAAGACGGACAAGAGGAGAUGCAGAUGAUCGGCAACGGGAAAGCUCGGCAGCAGCAGCAGCAGCAGGAGGAGGAGGAGGAGGAGGAGGAGGAGGACGAGGAGGAUUUCGCCGUUGGCAGCCUCCACAUACGUCGUACGGACGCCAGUCGUACGGAACUCCCAACUUGAGGAGAUGGCUGACACCUUGUGCGUUGGUAUCCGGACGACGGCCGGUCCUUUUCUACUCCAAGGAUCAUGAGUACGUGACCAUCCCGACUGUGACUCUAAUCGAAGGGGAGAGAGAGUUUUUUAUGACGUCAACGGCUCCUAGUCGACGCCACAGUAUGUACAAUUCUACGACCGGUACCAGUACUGGUGGUGGUAGUAGUGGUGAGAGCGAGCUCCCCGGUCGCUUGCGGCCGUUGACGUCAGCAGGGGUGCGGGUGUUUAUGGACCAUAAUGAUGCUACUGAGCCGGUGACGUCAACCGUUAAUAUGUUGUCUGGGCAGGAUAACGUUCCCGUAUCUGGUGUGGAUCAGGCCCAGGUUCUCUUGCGUUUGAUCCCGUAUACCGGGGUCAGGUAUCGUCACUUAUCGGGUGUGAAGCUGUACUCGGUGGAGCUGGAGUCGGUGCAGUGGGGAACCGCCACGUGGACAGACAAUGCCGGCGCCGAUGGACGAGUGAGAACUGAGUCAAACACACGAAGAAGAGAGAGGGAGAAAAGGAGAAGAGGAGGAGGAGAAGAGAGGGGGAGAAAAGGAGAAGAGAAGGAGGAGAAGAGGGAGGAAGAAGAAGAAGAAGGAAAGACAGUGUCCCGAAUGCGACGUCGAUUCAAAAAAUAUGACAUGAAGAACAGGCGGAACCGAAGCUCCGCAUUGCGUUACGACCCUACCGGGUUCACCUGGCACGCCUACCAGGAACAUCAGGGGCCUAAGUCGUUUGAUGUGAGCACUGCCGGGAAGCAGGAAAUAGAUCUCCUAAAGUGUACUUAUCAGCCAGAGGAGGUCAGCCCAGGCCAUUUCCAGCUCAAGGUGAAAAAGGUCCGGUCAAUGCCCUCGCGACAUCUUAUUGUGGAUGUUAUUCGUGUUGGACGAGAACAUGAUAUACGAAUCAUCUUGGAGACGUUGACGAUCCUGAAGCCUUUUCCAUUGAUGGAGGAGAUCGCUGCAUCUGCUGUCAUUGAUGAAUCCAGUCCCGGAGGUCUCCGAUGGGCCAAGCAAACCUGGGAAGAGCAUCACAGUUCAAAAGGAAGAAUGACAUACAAGUUGAAUAACUUCCGUCAUAGCAAGGUGGAAAAGCUGUUGAGCUCACGCAUGCUCCUAGAGCUUGAGAACGGUUCUGCUGGUUGGGCGGCACCUAACGGCCAAGGCGUACGAGAGUCAGAUGAGGCAGAUUUGAGAGGAAAUCGAUGGAACAAAGAACUAAAGGAUCACAUUCUGAGAACAGAUUGGGAUGCUGUUGAGCAAGGCCUGAGGCCCAGUGAUGGCAUCACUACAAUUUUUGAGGAGCUCAAGGAAGCCAUUUCCUGGAGCUGGGGAGUCGAGGAUUCCACCGGGCAUUGCUAAGCCAGUCUCACAGGCUGACGAACAGUGGCAACAGCUUCCAGCAUUUGCGCUGCUGCUUUUCCAAGGAGCAAUCCGUAAAAUUGGGAUUGAAUAAACACAGGAGCAAUCUAAUAGAAGAUGAAGAGCGAAUGAAAAUCGGGAGUGGAUGAAGACAUACGCACCUGUGUUUGAGAUUGAUGGCAUAUUCAGACUGGCCAAGUUCCUGGACAUGUGUGAAUGUGAUGCUGGCCAAAUUCAUCAUUUGACUGUUUCCACAGUUCAAAUCGCGCCCAGCGAAGCAGAGUAGACGCACACAGGAACCUGAAAUGCAAGCAGUCUGAUGGGUGAGUGAGGAGCUAGGGUGGGAAUUCGAUCGUCAUGAGCGGGGAGCCAGAUGCGGGGUUGGGGGGUGGGGUUAGGAAGACGCCUUGUGAGGGGACUGAGGGGGGAAACCACCCAGCCUAAUUGACGGUAAGGUAUGCUGCCAGAAUAUUGGUUUCCUGUACCUGCAUUUGCCUGCUAGAGAAGGUUAGCUCUGUGGUUACAAAAAAAAAAAGAAAAAAAAAAGAGAAGGUUAGCUCUGUGGUUACAAACAAACAAACAAACAAACAAACAAACAAACAAGCAAAACAAAA